UGUUUCCACGCCUCCCACUUUCACCCCCAUUGUGGAGAAUCUCCGGCUCACACACACACACUCACACACACACUUUGCCAGACUUCCAGGAGUUGGAGCGACUGCCCCGAAGACGGAACACAGACGACGGUAAAAGAGAAAAGGAAACCCGUGUCUUCUUUCACGCAUAGAUCUACUUUCUUCUCUUGAGGGAUUUCAAGGAGCUGCAAUGGUUACCGUCGCUGGAGAUUUUGGAGACUUGCACCGGAGAGAAAGUCCACACGUUCUCUAACGCUGCGAAGUUGUAAAGAAAAAGGAAGAAAAAAAAAGUACCCCCCCCCCCCCUUGAAGUUUUUUCUUUUCUUCCGCCACCAGCUCCAGACUUUCCGCUUUUCUCCUCCCCAAAAAAAGUCUGCGGGACUCGGGAACAGCCAUCAUGGCGAGGCGGACCGGGGACUCACCUCUGGGUUCGACGCCGAAAACGCGCGCUGCUCUCUGGGAUAAACACCUCCGGUUUCACGGAGGCGGCGGAUUGUUGGCUUUUUCCUGGAGCUUCGCGCUCGUCUGCUCGGCUCUUUUUUGUGGAUAUUGCGGAGCCGAGACGGAGUUUUCCAUCCUGGAGGAAGCGCGAGUCCUGGCCGACCAGAUGAAGACGCUGUCGUCCCACGAGCUGGGAGUCCUCACAAUGCAGACCAUCUUCAACUCGUUUUCCUACAACGAGAAAACAUCAAACGGAGAGACGGAAGUGCAGCAAUUGGCCAAAAAGAUCCGUGAGAAGUUCAACCGCUACCUGGACGUAGUGAACCGGAACAAGCAGGUGGUGGAGGCCUCGUACACGGCCCACCUCACCUCGCCGCUCACCGCCAUACAGGACUGCUGCUCCAUCCCGGCCUCCAUGAUGGAGUUUGAUGGAAACUUCAACACCAACGUCUCCAAGACCAUCUGCUGCGACCGGCUCUCGCCCAACGUCAACAGCCGAGCCUUCAACCCCGGACGGGACCUCAACUCGGUGCUGGCCGACAACCUGAAGUCCAACCCGGGCAUCAAGUGGCAGUACUUCAGCUCGGAGGAGGGCAUCUUCACCGUCUUCCCCGCUCACAAGUUCCAGUGCAAAGGAGUCUACGAGCACCGCAGCAGGCCCGUGUACGUGUCUGCCGUGGCGCCCCAAUCCAAACACAUCGUGGUGAUGGUGGACCACGGCGCCGCCGUCACCGACACCCAGCUGCAGAUCGCCAGGGACUCGGCGCUGGUCAUCCUCAACGCCGUCGACGAGCACGACAAGAUCUCCAUCCUGGCGGUGGCGGAGGCGGUGCGCUCCUGCUCCCUGGACCAGUGCUACAAGAGCCUGCUCUCUCCAGCCACCCGCGAGACCAAGAGGAAGAUGAGCACCUUCGUCUCCAACAUCAAGGCGUCGGACGCGGCCACGCAGCACGCGGCCGGCUUCCAGAAGGCCUUCCAGCUGCUGCGCAACACCAGCGGCCUCUGCAAGCACGGCACCACCACGGACAUGGUGAUCAUCUACCUGUCGUCCGGCAUCACGUCUCGGGAGUCGUCGGAGCCGGAGAAGAGGGCGACGCUCAGCGUGGUGCGGGAGGAGAACCGCCACCUCAACAACUCGGUGAUGAUCCUCACCUACGCUCUGAUGAACGAGGGCGUGACGGGCCUGAAGGAGCUCGCCUUCUUGAGGGACCUCGCCGAGCAGAAUUCGGUGAAGUACGGCAUCGACCGGAAGUCCGACCGCGACCGCUCGGCCUCCUCCGGGAUGUCGUCGUGGGGGUCGUCGGGGGCGACCAUGACGCCGGUGGUGAAGGGGAGCAUGAUGGUCCUCAACCAGCUGAGCAACCUGGAGACGACGGUGGGCCGCUUCUACAUCAACCUGCCCAACCGCAUGAUCGACCUGGCCCGCUUCAGCCUGCCCUACUCCGACCCGAUGGGAGACGGGUUCAUCAUGACCGUGAGCCGGCCGUGUUACUUCGGUAACCUUCUCCUGGGCGUGGUCGGCGUGGACGUGAACCUGGCGUACAUCUUGGAGGACGUCACCUACUACCAGGACUCGCUGGCCUCCUACACCUUCCUCAUCGACAACAAAGGUUUCACCCUGAUGCAUCCGUCACUGACGCGGCCCUACUUGAUGACGGAGCCGCCGCUUCACACGGACAUCAUCCACUACGAGAACAUCCCAGGAUUCCCUGUUGUCCGGCACAACAUCCUCAGCCUCCCUCUGGGCAGCCAGGUGAUCGCGGUGCCGGUCAACUCGUCUCUGUCCUGGCACACCAACCGGCUGCGGGACAACAGCAGAGACGCCUACAACGUCAGCUACGCCUGGAAACUGGUGCAGGACACGUCGUUCAUCCUGUGCAUCGUGUACGUGCAGCCGGAGAUCCCCGUGAAGCACCUGAAGAACCUGAACACGGUGCCCAGCUCCAAGCUGCUCUACCACCGGCUGGACCUGCUGGGCCAGCCCAGCUCCUGCCUGCACUUCAAGCAGCUCGCCACAGUCGAAUCCCCCACGGUGAUGUUGUCCGCCGGUAGUUUCUCGUCCCCCUACGAGCACCUCAGCCAGCCGGAGACCAAGCGCAUGGUGGAGCACUACACCGCCUACCUGAGCGACAACACCCGGCUCAUCGCCAACCCCGGCCUCAAGUCCUCUGUCAGGAACGAGGUGAUGGCGACCAGCCACGUGACGGAUGAGUGGAUGACGCUGAUGGAGAUGAGCAGCCUCAACUGCUACAUCGUGCGGCGCUACAUAGCGACGCCCAGCGGGGUCCUCCGGAUCUACCCGGGGUCCCUCAUGGACAAGGCCUUCGACCCCACCCGCAGACAGUGGUACCAGCACGCGGUGGCCAACCCGGGCCUCGUGACCUUCACCGGGCCGUACCUGGAUGUGGGCGGAGCCGGCUACGUGGUCACCAUCAGCCACACCAUCCACGCCUCCAGCUCUCUGAUGGCUCCCGGUUACGCGUUUGCUGUGAUGGGCAUCGACUUCACGCUGCGCUACUUCUACAAGGUGCUGCUGGACCUGCUGCCCGUCUGCAACCAGGACAACGGCCACAAGAUCCGAUGCUUCAUCAUGGAGGACAGAGGGUACCUGGUCGCUCACCCCACCCUCAUAGACCCCAAAGGCCACGCCCCCGCCGAGCAACAGCACAUCACACACAAGGAGCCGCUGGUGGCCAACGACAUCCUGAACCAUCCCAACUUCGUGAAGAAGAACCUGUGUAACAGCUUCAGCGACCGCACGGUGCAGCGCUUCUACAAGUUCAACACCAGCAUCACGGGCGACCUCACCAACCUGGUGCACGGCAGCCAUUGUUCCAAGUACCGCCUGACCCGGAUCCCCGGCACCAACGCCUUCGCCGGCAUCGUCAACGAGACGUGCGACUCGCUGGCGUUCUGCGCCUGCAGCACCGUGGACCGGCUGUGCCUCAACUGCCACAGGAUGGAGCAGAAUGAGUGUGAGUGUCCGUGUGAGUGCCCCCUGGAGGUCAACGAGUGCACCGGCAACCUCACCAACGCUGAGAACAGGAACCCGAGCUGCGAGGUGCAUCAGGAGCCGGUCAGUCUCAAUGUGAUUGAUGCCGGUCUGCAUGACACGCUGCCCCAGUGCAUCAACACCCGCUGCAGCCAGAGAUACACCAGCAGCGACUGCUUCGGCGUGCUGGACUGCGAGUGGUGCAUGGUGGACAGCGACGGGAAGACCCACCUGGACACGCCGUACUGCGCCCUGCAGAAGGAAUGCUUCGGGGGCAUCGUCGGCGCCAAGAGCCCGUACGCCGACGGCCUGGGCCUCCUGGCGGAGGAGGAGGUGGCCUCUCUGAACAUGAUCAAGAGCGCCCCCGUGGGCCCCGUCGCCGGGGGCAUUAUGGGAUGCAUCAUGGUGUUGGUCUUGGCCGUGUACGCGUACAGACACCAGAUCCACAGGCGCUCGCACCAGCACAUGUCCCCGCUGGCGGCUCAGGAAAUGUCCGUGCGGAUGUCCAACCUCGACAACGAGAGAGACGAGCGGGACGAGGACAGCCACGAGGACCGCGGCAUCAUCAGCAACACGCGGUUCAUCGCCGCGGUGAUCGAGCGGCACACGCACACGCCGGAGCGGAGGCGGCGCUACUGGGGCCGGUCCGGCACGGAGAGCGACCACGGCUACAGCACCAUGAGUCCGCAGGAGGACAGCGAGAAUCCGCCCGGCAACAACGACCCGCUGUCGGCCGGCGUCGACGUCGGCAACCACGACGACGACCUGGACCUGGACACGCCCCCUCAGACGGCGGCGCUGCUCAGCCACAAGUUCCACCCGUACCGGCACGCGCACACGCACCACCACCCGCUGCACACGCACCACCUGCAGGCCGCCGUCACCGUGCACAGCGUGGACGCCGAGUGCUGAUCUUCGGCGGGGGGGACAGAACUUGUUGUUGUUGUUGUUACAAACUAUUUUUUUUAAGCAAAACAUUCGUGCUUCGUCAGAAGGCACGCUAGGUCCUGUCGGGAUGGACGGGGCUCUCUGCCAUCGAUCGAUGAUCAAUACGUUGGGUAUCACACACACACACACACACACUCAAAAUGACCAGAACCUGGACCAGUACAAAAACAUCCAAAGGAGAUUUUUUUGUGGAGGCUUUUGGUGGAAUUUGGUUUGAGGAAACAUCUGGAACCUAAAAAUCCUGGAAAGCAGAAGAACAGUUCUUCAUUUCCAAAAGUGGAAGGAAAUAAGAAAAAUACCAGAGGUUAAUAAUCACAUUAACAUAAGCAUCUGGGUGCUGAUUGGACCCUCCAGCAGGGCAACGGAGCCUCCUCAUUGGUUCAAAUGUCUCUCAGAUAAGGAGUAAAAAAAUAAUUGUUUUUUGUUUGUUUUCCACCAACCAGGAUCUAAUGUGCCGAUUCUAUUCCAGCUUCAUUCUCAGCCCUGCAGACACGUCCUCCGGGAGACGUGUGGACAUUCUCACGCGUGUCAUAAUUACAGGAAGAAACUCUUAAGAGGGAAAAGAUUAUUUUUCUACUAUUUAUUAAAAGGAAGAUUUUUUGUCUCCGAUGUCAGAUUAUUCGUACGCAGCAGCUGCAAAGAACAAACAACCAGAAAGUCGUCAACAACCCGAUCCGUAAACAAUGCAUCGUAUUCAAAGAGCAUCAUUUUUUAUUUCCCAGAAAUAUCUGUAACUGGUUUUGUUUAAUUUUUUUGAUUCUAAAUAUAUCAAAUGUUACAUAUUUUGAGCUUUCCCGAAGCUCGUUCUGAUUUUUAUUUUUUUUCUCCAUUUCUCUGGUCACUAGAAGUUUAUUCCGAGCUAUCCCCUCCCCCGAAUAUCUCAUCUACCAUAUAGUUUAAAAAACAAACAAAGUGUCUUCUUCAAGCUGGAAGCAUUCUUGGAACGAGCCGGGACCUGAACAUCUCAAUCUGCUCUCCAGGUUUUACGUUCGUUGAUUAUCCGAAACAAACCAAAUACGUGAGCCUUAAAUCACAUAUUUCUCUCUCUUGUAUUUACCGACUCGCGGAGGUUUUUGUGUAAAUGUAAAGUCAGACUUCCUCAGUCGGAGCUCCCAUUGGUCGCUGGUCUUUGAACGCCUCUCGGGUCAAACGAACGCCAUUCCUCCCUUUGUUGUUGGUUUUUUUUUUACCAGAACUUUCCCCCGGAUGCCGCAUGUAUUGUUCAGGUCCAAGAUGGAGGCUCCUCCUCUUCGUCCAUGAGGGUGAACGAGGGAGAAACGCUGCUGCUGCUCAGAGGUCACGCCCGUCUGUCGGCGCCUCGGUGGUUAACCACUCAAAAUGUAUUUUCUACACUGUGUGUGUCUGUGUGUGUGUGUGCGCGUGCGCGAGUGUGUGUGUACCUGGAAUGCAUUAUUGUAUUUUUUUUUGUUUUUCUUCAAAAUAGCAUUAGAGAAUUAUAGUUUUAAAAAAUCCAUUUAUUUUUUAUUCUGAUGAAGUCACUCUGACAACGUGGGUGGAAAACAUGUAUUUUUUUUUCUCUCCAGAGAUUAAUUAUGAAGUGUAAAUACAGAAUCACAAAUGGAUAUUAACGUCCUGUACACCAUGUUUGUUUUAAUGUUGGUUAAUUCAUGAUUUAUGCUUCAAAUGAUGCUCAGAUAUUUUGUGUUUUUAUUUUAUUUUUAAUUGACCUGUUCAUGGCGUCUCACGAUAUAUAUUUGAUGCCUUGGAUGUUUUUUUAGAUUCAUUUUUCUUUUAGGUCCAUAUUGGAUGGAAGUCAUGUAUACACACACUUUUUAUGUUUGAGAUGAAAGAAAAAAAAGUUUUUAAUCCUGCGUCUAGAAAAUGUUAAAGAAAGCUCAUCUCUCAUUGAACUUAUUUAGAUUUUCAAAAUAAAACGGUACUGCAUCUUUUCCCGGCGUAAUGACCAAAUAUCCGUGUCCCGGGACACGUUCAUUCACGUAUGUGAGUGUGUUUAAACAUUUAGACAUUCGCCCAACGUGAUCUCAUUCAACUCAUAAAAAAGAGAGAUAUAAGUUGACUUAACUGACAGAAAGGUUGAACUUCCUGUUUAUGCCAUGAGACCAUUUCCUGUUGGAGGCAGAAACAUUUAUUUACUCGCAGUCUUCUUCACGUUCUCCAUCACCUCGACAUCGAAGCGGCCUCGGAGCAUGUCUGGGCGUAUUGCCUUUGAUAAGUGUGUCGAUUAUGGGGGAAAUUAAUUUGUUGAACUAAAUUGAGUUUGUUUUUCUUGUUUUGGUGGGGAACAGUAUUUACCAGCUGUCGUAAACGUGUGUGUGUCUGUGUGCGUAGGACACGUGCAGUAAUGUACUGAAGGAACAUGUACAUUAACCCCUCAUGUAUCAUAUAAAGUUAUCAAAUUGAGAUUUAUUGCAAAGUGAAUGUGAUAAAGAACCAUUUUACAAAC